GCUCAGUCUUGGCUCGGACGCCACAUUAUAAACAACAAACUUUUUCUUUCCACUUAAAAAAAAAAAUUUUAAAAUUAACGAAACAAAACGUUUGUUGUGUUGUUAUUAUUGUUGUGUUCAGAGUGCAAUAAAACGUGCAAUAUUAAUUAAUAUUGAAUAAAAAAAUAUAUACAUAUAUAACGUGUAAUUUCUUGAUUAAUAAUAGAAUUUAUAUUGAACAUUAACUAAACGUAUUAAAAGCAACAAAAUGUCAGAAUUAACUCCUGUACAAGAAUACUAUAAAGGCAAAACAAUAUUCAUUACCGGUGCCUCCGGUUUUAUGGGUAAAGUUUUGUUGGAAAAACUAUUAUACUCUUGCCAUGAACUGAAAGAAAUUAUCAUGAUCUGUCGUCCCAAAAGAGGCAAGACUCCAGAAUCACGUUUAGAGGAUAUGUUUAAAUUGCCAAUCUUCCAACGUAUCAAAGAGGAAAGACCACAUGUUUUGAAAAAGGUAACCAUUUAUCAAGGUGAUGUUACCUACGAAAUGUUGGGAUUAUCAGGCGAGAAUCUUAAACACGUCUGCGAUAACACUAACAUUGUUUUCCACAUGGCAGCCACUUUAAAAUUGGAGGGCAACUUAAAAGAUGCCAUCGAUAUGAAUUUAGCUGGCACCAGACGUGCCUUAGAUGUGGCCAAACAAAUGAAAAACUUGGAAGCAUUUGUACAUCUAUCGACGGCCUUCUGUAAUUGUGAUCAGGAAGUGAUGUAUGAAAAGGUUUACGAUUUCCCUCACAAACCCGAAGAUCUUAUGCGUUUGGCCGAAUGGAUGGAUUUGAAGACAUUGGAGAAUAUUACACCCGAUUUGUUGAAACCACAUCCCAACACUUAUACGUAUUCGAAACGUUUGGCUGAAUUGUUUAUACGUGAUCAUUAUGAGACAAUGCCAGUGAUCAUUGCCCGUCCAAGUAUUGUAUCACCAUCGGCCUAUGAGCCUGUACCUGGCUGGGUGGACAAUCUGAAUGGACCCACCGGACUAAUGGUGGGCGCUGGCAAAGGUGUUAUACGCUCCAUGCUAAUCGAUACAUCGCACAAAUCUGAAGUUAUACCAGUGGAUUAUGCCAUCAAUGGUUUGGUUGUAAUACCCUAUGAAUUCUGCACGAAACCACGACCGGAGGAGAUACCGAUUUAUAAUAUCACUUGCGCUGAGAAACGUAAAGUACCGUGGGGCAUUGUUAUAGAAUUGAGUAAAAAAAUUGGCUAUCAAUAUCCCAUGGAAACCGGUUUAUGGUAUCCGGACGGUUGUAUAACCACAAAUCGUUUACAUCAUCAACUAAAUGUCAUACUCUUUCAUUGGCUGCCAGCCUACUUUAUUGAUUUCAUAUUGUUUUUAUUAGGUCAAAAACGAUUUAUGAUACGCGUUCAAAAUCGUGUACAAAUCGGUUUAGGGGUUUUACAAUUCUUUACCAUGCGCGCCUGGAAUUUUAAAUCAAAAGCCUAUGAAUUAUUAUGGGAGAAUUUAAGCGAAGAAGACAAAAUAAUAUUCAACAUGAAUAUGGACACAGUCGAUAAUAUAGAAGAAUAUAUGAUAUCUUGCAUACAAGGUGGUCGUCAAUAUUUGAUGAAAGAAUCUCCCGAUACUCUACCCAAAGCGAGAAGACAAUUAAAAUUCAUGUAUUUACUUGAUCGUACUUGUAAGGCCGUAUUUUUGGGACUUCUCUGUUAUUGGACUUAUAAUUUUGUUAGGCCUCUAGUUAGUGCUUAACAUUUACUGAAUGUUAUAGGUUUUUCCAUGAAUUUGUUAUAUAUUUUGUUUAUUUUAUUUUAAGAAAGCUUUAUUUUGUAAAAGGGUUGCUAGUUUUUAAGCUUACAUAAUAAAUGAAGAAUUUCAAAAAAA